AUGGCGAAGUCAUCACCGGCGAUGUCGCGACAGCCUCCAUGCGGUGAGCAAGGCCCCGCGGGCGGGCCCGCCGCAGCCGCAGCUGGCAGGAUCGGGCGGCUGCCAGGCCCGCCCGGCGGCGCCACCCGCGGGCGCGCCCAGCGGCGCCGGCUCGGGCCCUGGCGCUGGCGGCCCCGACGGCAUCGGCGCCUGCGGCUCCGACAGGGCACCGCCGCCUGCCGCGAGGUCCCCGCCCGCGCCGGCGGCGCCCCGCGCCUUCUGCUCCGCGGCCGACCUCGCGCGGCAGGGCUCCGCCAGGGCUCCCGAGGACGCGAGGACGAGGGCCACGGACUCCAGGCAGCUGGGCGGAGAGGCGAGCUCAGAGACCAGCAGACGUGCGUAAGCACAUGCCUUCGGACCCCCCGCGCGAAGUUCUCGGGUGGGCGCUGGGACCCCCUCACCACACCCCUUCCCCAGCGCCGCCCCCGGCGCCGCCGCUGGCGCCGCCCCAGGCGCGCUCCACGAGCCAGGUGGUGUGGGGGGGGGGGUCCAGUGCCGCUCUGGGAAGUCCGCGCGGACGUCCUAGAGCUCGCUUAUGAAGCUCUUGCUUCUUCCAAGGCGAGCGAGAGGGAGCUCGAGGCAUCCAAGGAGGCUGCUCGCAUACUCGCUUUGAAGAAGAGCCGCUUCGCAUCGACAGCGGCUUGGGGCUUCAGCCUGUUGGACAUCACGGCGCGGGACAAGGCUUCGGUGCACCGCGGCUACCGCACCUUGAUGCGAAAGCUGCAUCCAGACAAGGCUGGGUGCGUGCAGGGUGUGCUUGAGGCUGCCGAGCUGGCGCGUGAAGCCAAAGAGGCGUGCGAGCGCCACACCUCAACGGAGUCUCUCCCGCCCAUGCCACGUGGCUUACGUUUUGAGAGGAAGUGCUCGGACCCAGGCAAGCGGACGUUCCUACUGCAUUGGUCUCCGUUCUCUGCGACAGAGGUCGCAUGCGUCCGCAGAUACAUCGUGCAGGUGUUCGAUCCAGCCUACGGCCGCGCGCUGAAGGUUGCAGACUUGGAGCCGGACUACAGCGAGGAGCUCGGACGCUACGUGUCCGUCGAGGAGAUCACCACCUACGAGCUCUCGGAGGAGGUGCUGAGCAAGAUGCCGAAGGUCUGGUCCGAGCCCGUGGUGAAGGUGACGGUGGCGGCGGCGAACCAGGCUGGCCAGUCGGCGUUUGCCUCGAUCAACGUGCCGCUCCGCGCGGCGCCGGCGAGCGUGCUCCCCGCGCGGCCGGCCAGCCGGCCGCCGGGGCCGGCCUGGCGGCCGCCGAGCCCGCAGCGGUGCCCCGGGGGGGCGGCCAGCCCGGACGCCAGCGGGGGCGAGGACGGUUGGCCAACGAGCAGUUCGAGCGGGAGCUUCGCAAGGUUCACCAAGCUGGGAAUCUCCGCUCUUGGCUGGAGUCGCAGAAGAAGCCUUCUCUGGUAG